AUGCGCAAGCCAACAAUUGUCUUCAUACACGGUGCAUGGCACAAUUACAAAUGUUGGAAUGGAGUGGCAGAGGUACUGCGUGCUGAUGGGAUUGAGUCUGUAUCGCUGUCAUUACUAAGCGUAGGCAUUCGCGAUACGCCUCUCGGCUCUCACAUUGAGGAUAGCCAAGCUCUCCAUGAAAAGAUCAAGGACAUUGUCGAGGAAGGGAAGGAUGUCAUUAUCGUCAUGCAUUCCUACGGCGGACUGGCUGGUAGUGAUGCCAUCGAAGGUCUUGUCAAAAAUGGCGAGAAUGGCAGUACUCAAGGCGGCGUCGUUGCAGCCAUAUACGUUAGUGCUUUUAUCGCACCGAAAGGCGAAAAUCUCCUUGGGGUCUUUCCCUCACCGCCCCCAUAUCUCAAGCCAAACGAAGAGAAUGAGGCAUACCUAGACAUUAUCGAUCCACAUAACACAUUUUACAAUGAUGUGUCACCAGAGAAGUCAAAGACGUGGACUGACGCCAUGAAACCUCACACUGCAGCCACCUUUGCGUCCAAUGCUCAAUACUCUCCAUGGGAGGAGGUGCCAUGCACCUACGUCAUGUGUACCAAAGACCAGGGCGUAUAUCCUGAGCUCCAAGAACAGAUGUUCAGUGCUGCGCAGAACGGAGCUAAGCACCCAUGGAGUCUCAUCAAACUGGACAGUAGCCAUAGCGCAUGGCUGAGUCGGAAGAACACGUUGGCCGGAAUCAUCAAGGAUGUCGUAGACAACCUAACCAUAACACAACUGUAA